AAAAAAAAAAACAAAAACUGAAUUGACAGACAGACGCCAUAUGCUUAGCUUCCUUUCAUGUCGCCGUGUUCUCGAAGCACUGAAAGUCUGAAACCCCAGUCUCUUUUUGGGAAAUAACAGGAGCAAUGAACCCUUACGACCCUAGAUACUCCGACCCGGAAUCCUACCGUCAUCGUCGCAGUGACUUGAUCGGACCUCCGGUAAUGGCUGGUGGCGCCUAUCCGCGCGGUGGAGCGGUGCCUUAUGGUGGGCAUACGCAAUCGCUGCCAUUUGCAGCGGGAGGAAACGGUCCUGUUUUUUCCGAUGGAUAUCCACCUUUCAAUCCGCCUGCGGGCAGGUUCGAUAUCGGGCGCGGAGGAGGUGGCAGAAGGGGAUAUGGCGGUGCCGGUAUCAUGGAUAGGAGGUUUGAUGGUGGUCGUGGAAGGGGCCGUGACGGUGGAGGCCGUGGUGGUGGCCGGGGAUUUGAUGGAGGCCGUGGUGGUGGAAGGGGAGGUAGGUGCGGUGGGUCUUCGAGAGGCGAUUUAGAUAACAUUGCCCUGCCGAACCAGGAAUUUGGAAAUUUGGUUCCUUUCGAGAAGAACUUCUACAUUGAGUGCCCUGCAGUUCGAGCUAUGUCAGAGCAGGACGUAAUGAUGUAUCGUUCGAGAAGAGACAUUACGGUCGAAGGGCAUGACGUGCCUAAGCCCAUUCGGAUGUUUCAGGACGCCAACUUCCCAGACUACUGCUUAGACGUGAUUGCUAAGUUGGGUUUUGUUGAGCCAACACCAAUUCAGGCUCAAGGCUGGCCCAUGGCUCUAAAGGGUAGGGAUCUGAUUGGUAUUGCUGAGACAGGUUCCGGGAAGACCCUAGCCUACCUGUUACCUGCGUUGGUUCAUGUUGGUGCACAGCCUAGAUUGGCCCAAGGUGAAGGUCCAAUCGUGUUGGUGCUUGCUCCUACAAGAGAAUUAGCUGUUCAAAUUCAAGAAGAAGCUGCAAAGUUUGGUGCCCGUUCUAAUACUAGGAGUACCUGUGUAUAUGGUGGUGCUCCAAAGGGCCCACAAAUUCGUGAUCUGAAAAGAGGUGUUGAAAUUGUCAUUGCGACCCCUGGUCGGUUGAUUGAUAUGUUGGAAGCUCAACAUACAAACCUGCGAAGAGUAACAUACCUUGUUUUGGAUGAGGCUGAUAGGAUGUUAGACAUGGGCUUUGAGCCCCAGAUCAGGAAAAUUAUAUCUCAAAUCCGACCUGAUAGACAAACAUUGUAUUGGAGUGCCACCUGGCCAAAAGAAGUUGAAACACUAGCAAGACAGUUUCUGCGAAAUGCAUACAAGGUAAUCAUUGGUUCGGCCGAUCUAAAAGCAAACCAAUCUAUAAAUCAAGUAAUCGAAGUUGUUACAGAUGUUCAGAAGUAUAACAGGUUUGAACUUGUACUGGCGAAUCUGCUAAAAGAAGUGAUGGAUGGUAGUCGAAUUCUUAUAUUUACAGAGACAAAAAAGGGAUGUGACCAAAUCACAAGGCAAUUGAGAAUGGAUGGGUGGCCAGCAUUAUCCAUCCAUGGAGACAAAAAUCAGGCUGAAAGGGAUUGGGUUCUUUCUGAAUUCAAGAGUGGCAGAAGUCCUAUAAUGACUGCCACUGAUGUUGCUGCCCGUGGUCUUGAUGUGAAGGAUAUAAAAUGUGUGAUCAACUUCGAUUUCCCGACCAGUCUUGAAGAUUACAUUCACAGGAUAGGGAGGACAGGGCGUGCUGGCGCAAAAGGAACUGCCUUUACAUUUUUCACACAUGGAAAUGCAAAAUUUGCUAGGCAUCUUAUUAAGAUCUUGGCUGAAGCAGGGCAGGUUGUACCCCCUGCAUUGUCUGAUAUGGCAAGAUCAGCCUCUCACGGAGGUAGAUGUUCAGGAGGGAACUUCAGAUCCAGAGGACGAGGAGGGGGAGGAGGUGGUUAUGGCAACAGGAUUUCGGGUUCCAAUGUAAUUCCUCUAGGAUCCAAGAGGCACUGGUAGUGAUUUUGAUGUAUCUAUGUAUGGGUAGGUGCGUUGAAACAGUAAUGUAUUCACUAGAGUUAGACUAUUGCUGCGAAUAUGUUUAUUCAUCCGAGUGUCGAAGCGCCUUUUCAUGGAGAAACAACGAUCCAGUACUAUUAGUAAUGUAAUGUAAGAACAGGCGAAUAGAAGCUUGCCGACAACUACUAUUUGGCUUAGCUAGCUCAUUGUUUACAAUGAUUGACUGGAAUUUUUGAAGUUCUUUUAAUCCCAUUUUGUUCUACUCGUUUGAUGAUGAUUGUAAACGGAAGCAUAAAAGAAGUAAAUUGUCCGGUUUCUAAAGCAAGA